CAAAUAAUUUGUAUUAGAUGAGAAUGACCUGGUUUCAAAUCACACUCUUUGUGGUGAUUGUGGCAGCUAUCGCUCCUCAGUCUCUAGCGGCAAAUGAUGAGAUCUACACUCUCAGAGCUACAUGUGACAAUCAGAUGACUGUAUUUGUGGAUGGAGUGCAGCAGGCAGCGGAAGGACUGGAUAAUUGGUGGACCGAGUCUCGAAUCUCUGUCCCCUCUAACUUCAAAGUUAUUGGUAUCCAAUGUCUGGACUAUGGAGUUAUCCCCGGAAUCCUGGCUUCACUUCAUGAUGAAAACGGGGACGAGGUUUUGGUUACUGAUGAAAGCUGGACCUGUACACAGAAACAAGAAGAAGGAUGGACAGCACCUGGGUUUGAUUCUGGAACAUGGGAAGAAGGAGACGUAAUUGGCCAACACGGAGUUGGACCUUGGGGGGUCAUCGGGCAAAUCUCUAGGAACGCAGGCUGGAUCUGGACCAAAGACCACAAGAUUCAUACAACUGUCUAUUGUCGCUACGAGCCAGUGGUGAGUUACACUCUCAGAGCUACAUGUGACAAUACGAUGACUGUAUUUGUGGAUGGAGUGCAGCAGGCAGCGGAAGGAUUGGAAAAUUGGCCAGUCGAGUCUCAAAUCUCUGUCCCCUCUAACUUCAAAGUUAUUGGUAUCCAAUGUCUGGACUACGGAGUUAUCCCCGGAAUCCUGGCUUCACUUCAUGAUGAAAACGGGGACGAGGUUUUGGUUACUGAUGAAAGCUGGACCUGUACACAGAAACAAGAAGAAGGAUGGACAGCACCUGGGUUUGAUUCUGGAACAUGGGAAGAAGGAGACGUAAUUGGCCAACACGGAGUUAGACCUUGGGGGGUCAUCGGGCAAAUCUCUAGGAACGCAGGCUGGAUCUGGACCAAAGACCACAAGACUUACACAACUGUCUAUUGUCGCUACGAGUCAGUGGUGAGUUACACUCUCAGAGCUACAUGUGACAAUACGAUGAUUGUAUUUGUGGAUGGAGUGCAGCAGGCAGCGGACGGACUGGAUAAUUGGCGAACCGAGUCUCGAAUCUCUGUCCCCUCUAACUUCAAAGAAAUUGUUAUCCAAUGUCUGGACUACGGAGUUAUCCCCGGAAUCCUGGCUUCACUUCAUGAUGAAAAUGGGGACGAGGUUUUGGUUACUGAUGAAAGCUGGACCUGUACACAGAAACAAGAAGAAGGAUGGACAGCACCUGGGUUUGAUUCUGGAACAUGGGAAGAAGGAGACGUAAUUGGCCAACACGGAGUUGGACCUUGGGGGGUCAUCGGGCAAAUCUCAAGAGAUGCAAGUUGGAUCUGGACGGAGGGUCACCAGACUUUCACUACUGUCUACUGCCGAUACGUGAAGGUGUAGAAAAUAAAUUGUGUCCAAUAGUUUUCGGGGUUAGAAUUAGGAUUUUUUCGUUUUAUUUGCCAAUAAUGAUAAACUAUUCAAUGU